CCACUUUGAAUGACGCCAUGACCUAUUUUUCUGUCACGACCCACCAGUUGAGGAAGCUGAUUUUAGUGACUUACUGCGUCAGUUAUGCAUAAAACAGAUUAACAAAGAUGAAAACUAAAGACUUUUUCGCUAUAAUUUGUAAACACAAUAUAGUUUCAUCCAGUUAUUGAUGGUUUUUAAAGCCUUGAUUUUAUUCUGGUUCAAUGAAACUGUAUAGUAUUUAUAUAUAACAUAUGUAGUAUUGCAGUUGUUAUGGGCAAUAACAAAAGUAUGUUGCUGUGUAUCCAUCUGUAAUGUCCUGACAUCCUCAUUGUAUAUGAUUGACAUGACGUUAGACGAGUCUGACAUUCACCAUAUUUUCUCACAGCCUCACCUCGAUCCACUCACAGCCACAUGAGCAGCUGAGGACAGAGGACUUUGUGUUUUAGGAGUCUGGUUUUAACCCAGGUGAUGCUCACUUACUAGAUGUCUGUGUCUAAUUCAGAUCUCCUUUCACUAUGAGUCACUCAAUCAACUUCAUUCUUCCUCACAUUUCAUUCUCUACUUGUCUUGAACUGUGUAGAAUAUAUAGAACAUGAUUCUUCCCGUUGAAAACCUCUUCCCCCCUCCCCACACCUGAGCUGAUGCUGCAAAACAAGGCCACGUGGGAUUGACCAAUCAGACCAAGAGGAGAGAUCCAGGGCUUCGGUGAAAGGGGAGUGGUCAGUAAGGCGGACAGAACGCUGAUUGGCUGAACAGUCUCAGUCUCUUGUGCUGGCUUCCGCAGUGUAUUCUCUACCUAGACAGUCCUCCGAGGUUUAUAAAGCCAAAAUGUUCAUGCAACAAAUAAAAAGACAGAAAGAAAGACAUGAAAAGUGAAGAAAACGACCAUUCUGAGUAGGAUUAUUUGAGGAGGAUAAAGGUUGCGGCUCACGGUUGAGAAGAAAGGCGCCAUUAUUCUCAACCAGGCCGGCAACCUCCUGCAACACUAUGGAUAUUAGAGAUUGUCCCUUCAGGAAGAAACGGAGACCUUGGCUCAUGGACUUCUCCUCCUUCGCCUUGGUAACCGUGGCGCUCGCCUUGUGCCAAACGACCGUGGUUCGUGCAGACCCAGUGGACGUGUUGCGGGCUCUGCAGGUUCCCUCUCUCCCCGAGGGCGUGAAGAAAGUGCCGGGCUUCUGCACAUCCCGUCGCUCCAGCAGCCCCGAUCAUGCCUACCGCAUCACCAAGAAGGCCCAGAUCUCCGCCCCCACGAAGCAGCUCUUCUCAGGUCGUUUCCCAGAGAACUUCUCCAUCAUGGCUCUGGUGAAAGCCCAGGCAGGUCUCCAGGCCUUCCUCCUCUCCAUCUACAGCGAGCAGGGCAUCCAGCAGCUGGGAAUUGAACUGGGACGCUCCCCUGUCUUCCUGUACGAAGACCAGAAUGGCAAACCAGCUCCUGAGGACUACCCACUGUUCAGAGGCGUCAACCUGGCUGAUGGCAAGUGGCACCGCAUUGCUAUCUCUGUUUCCAAGAAGAACGUGACACUGCUGCUGGACUGCAAGAAGAAGAUGACCCGUCCACUGCCUCGUGGCAAUAAUGCUGAGAUCGACACUAAUGGUAUCACAGUAUUUGGAGCCCGUCUUCUAGAUGAGGAGGUUUUCCAGGGUGACAUCCAGCAGCUGCUGAUUGCCUCCAACCCUCAGGCUGCCUAUGAUUUCUGUGAACACUAUAGCCCUGACUGUGACUCCCCACUGCCCAAGACCCAGGCCCAGGACCCCAACACAUACAAGAAGGCAGGCAAUGGAAAAGCAGCCCCAACUAAAGCCCCUGUUGUCAAAGCCAAACCCACUCCAGCAAAGCCAGCCAAGACUGGACCAUACAAACUGGUUGUUAAGCCACCUAUGCCCACCAAGGCUCCUAAGUCUUCCACAGCUAAGCCAUCUAAACCAAAGCCCACUGCAGUGGAGGUUCUUCUGUCUAAGAUCAAACCAACAGCAGCAGCUACAGCUAAGCCCACAGCUGCCCCAACUAAGAACGGCAGUGGUAAAGCGGCUGCUGAGAAGAAAGCAAAUGGUGCAGCUAAAGCCAAUGGUAAUGGAAAAGCUAAUGGCAAUGGUAAUGGCAAUGGCAAGGCCAAGCCUACACCUCAGCCUAAGGCAAAUGGAAAUGGCAAGGUUUUAGCUGAGAAGAAAGCUAAUGGUAAUGGAAAUGGAAAAUCUUCUGCAGAAAAGAAAGCCAAUGGAAAUGGAAAAGCCGCUGUUGUCCCUAAGACAAAUGGAAAUGGCAAUGGCAAAGUUACAGCAGAGAAGAAAGCUAACGGCAAUGGCAAAGAAGUUAAAGCUAAAGCUAAUGGCAAAGCUGAGAAUAAGGUCAAUGGUGAGGCUAAGGCUAACGGCAACAGCAAAGUUAACACUGUGGUAGAAAAGAAAGCUGUUGGUAAUGGUGCUGCAAAUCAGGCAAAAACUGUAACCACUACAAAAGCAAAGACUGAGAAAGUUGUUACCGUAGAAAAGACUGUGGUUAGUGCAGCUAAAGCAGCUGCCAAAGUAGAAGCUACCAAGGCACCUAAACCCACAAAAGCACCAAAACCUGAACCCACAAAAGCAGCCAAGGCUGUGAAAGUUGAGGUUAAAGAAGUCAUCAAAAAAGUCUCUGUGGUCAAACCAACGGUUGCAAUUGAAAAGGUCUUGAAGAAAGUAGCUCCAACAUCAGCCCCUGUCCGGCCUACUCCACCCAGACCCACGAAGUCCAAGGUGGUGGUGGAUGCUAAUGUCAAAUCCCAGCACAAACCUUUCCCACCCUUUGGCAAGAGUGUGCUGAGCGGAACUGCAGUCCCAGCGAAGAAAGUAACCAACGGUUAUCAACAGGAUGUAGACACUGAAUAUGCCGAGGCUGGCCACACCCCUACAGAGACCGAUUAUUACUAUGAGGAGACGGUCCCGCUGCCAGAGGGUGAGGUGGUUGGACAAGAAGAGUUCCAUGUACAGCCCCAGGUGGAGCCAUCGUUGGUGGGAGAGGAGGUAGAUGCCACCAAAGCAGGCGGUGUGGGCGAGGAGGCCUUCACUGAGGAGUAUGUGACUGGGGAUGUGGGCCUCAAGGAAUACGACUAUUCCUACAGGGACUACAAUGAGCCCAUACUGGAGACUGGAGAGGUUGAUGCUAACAUGGGCCCCGCCCUGUCCGCUGUGACAGAUGAGGGAGGCGCUGCUGUCAGAGGCCAGAAAGGAGAAAAAGGAGAACCUGCUGUCCUGGAGCCUGGUAUGCUGAUUGAAGGACCACCUGGACCUGAGGGACCUGCUGGUCCAACUGGUCCCCCAGGAUCAUCUGGACCUCCUGGGUCUGUUGGUGAUCCCGGCGAGAGGGGUCCACCUGGUAAAGCUGGUCUACCUGGAGCUGACGGAGUCCCUGGACCUCCUGGAACUUCUGUCAUGCUGCCUUUCCGUUUUGGUCAGAGUGGAGGAGAUAAGGGUCCUGUUGUUUCUGCACAGGAAGCACAGGCAGCAGCCAUCUUGUCUCAGGCCCGGAUGGCUCUGAAAGGACCUCCUGGCCCAAUGGGUUUCACAGGACGACCCGGACCCCUGGGAAGUCCAGGAAGCUCUGGUCUGAAGGGAGAAAGUGGAGACCCUGGUCCACAGGGCCCCAGGGGAUCCCAGGGUUUGAUGGGACCUCCAGGCAAAGCAGGAAGAAGAGGUCGUGCUGGAGCUGAUGGUGCUCGGGGAAUGCCUGGAGAGCCUGGAUCCAAGGGUGAUCGUGGUUUUGAUGGUCUUCCUGGUUUGCCUGGUGACAAAGGACACAGGGGUGACACAGGUCCAAUGGGACCGUCUGGACCUCAAGGAGAGGAUGGAGAGAGGGGAGACGAUGGAGAAGUUGGACCCAGGGGUCUCCCAGGUGAACCAGGACCUCGUGGUUUGCUCGGACCCAAAGGUCCUCCUGGAAUCCCUGGACCUCCUGGUGUUCGAGGAAAUGAUGGGAACCAGGGUCCCAAAGGAAACUUGGGUCCUCAAGGAGAGCCAGGACCUCCAGGUCAGCAGGGAACCCCAGGAACUCAGGGAAUGCCUGGACCUCAGGGAGCCAUUGGACCCCCAGGAGAGAAAGGUCCCACAGGAAAACCAGGUUUGCCAGGAAUGCCUGGAGCUGAUGGUCCUCCUGGUCACCCAGGAAAGGAGGGGCCUGCUGGCACCAAAGGAAACCAGGGUCCUAAUGGUCCUCAGGGAGCUAUCGGUUAUCCUGGUCCUCGUGGCAUCAAGGGUGCUCAAGGAAUCCGUGGAUUGAAGGGCCACAAGGGAGAGAAAGGAGAAGAUGGUUUCCCUGGAAUUAAGGGAGAUUUCGGUGCCAAGGGAGAGAGGGGUGAGGUUGGAGUACCAGGACCAAGGGGUGAAGACGGUCCAGAGGGUCCAAAGGGUCGUGUUGGACCUCCUGGUGAAAUUGGACCAAUUGGACUUGUCGGAGAGAAGGGUAAACUUGGUGUACCUGGACUUCCCGGAUAUCCUGGAAGACUAGGACCCAAGGGAUCUCUUGGAUUCCCAGGAUUCCCUGGCUCUAAUGGCGAGAAGGGAACAAGGGGUCUUACCGGCAAAGCAGGACCAAGAGGACAAAGAGGACCAACGGGUCCCAGAGGGCAGAGAGGACCGAGAGGUGCUACCGGAAAACCAGGAGCAAAGGGAACUUCAGGAAGUGAUGGCCCUCCUGGUCCUCCCGGAGAGAGGGGAUUGCCUGGGCCUCAGGGAGCCAACGGAUUCCCUGGGCCAAAGGGACCUCCUGGACCCCCAGGAAAGGAUGGACUGCCUGGACACCCCGGACAGAGAGGAGAAGUUGGUUUCCAAGGCAAGAUGGGUCCACCUGGGCCUCCUGGAGUCGUUGGACCUCAGGGUCCAUCAGGAGAGACUGGCCCCAUGGGUGAGCGUGGCCACCCCGGACCCCCAGGUCCACCUGGAGAGCAGGGACUUCCUGGUAACUCAGGAAAGGAAGGAACCAAAGGAGAUCCUGGUCCCCCUGGAGGCCCUGGUAAAGAUGGCCCUCCAGGACUGAGAGGUUUCCCUGGAGAGAGAGGACUUCCUGGAACUCCUGGCGGUGGAGGACUGAAGGGAAGUGAAGGACCUGCUGGACCUCCUGGACCUGCUGGGUCUCCUGGUGAGAGGGGAUCAGCUGGUACUGCUGGACCUGUUGGACCUCCUGGAAGACCAGGACCUCAAGGACCUCCUGGACCCGCUGGAGAGAAGGGAGUACCUGGUGAGAAAGGUCCAAUUGGCCCAGCUGGUCGGGAUGGCGUGCAGGGUCCUGUGGGUCUGCCUGGCCCUGCUGGAUCACCUGGAAUACCUGGAGAGGACGGAGACAAGGGUGAGGUUGGAGAACCUGGUCAGAAGGGUGCCAAAGGAGGUAAAGGAGAACAUGGUCCUCCUGGUCCACCUGGUCCAAUGGGUCCUGUUGGUCAGCCUGGUCCUGCUGGUGCUGAUGGAGAACUCGGACCAAGGGGUCCACAGGGACAUUUUGGAGCUAAAGGUGAUGAAGGAACCAGAGGAUUCCCCGGAGCCCCAGGACCCAUCGGUCUGCAGGGAUUGCCAGGUCCACCAGGUGAGAAGGGAGAGACUGGAGAUGUUGGACCUCUGGGUCCUCCAGGCCCUCCAGGACCCCGUGGCCCUGCUGGACCCAAUGGUGCUGACGGUCCUCAAGGUCCUCCUGGUGGUUUGGGUAAUCCUGGACCUCUCGGAGAGAAGGGAGAACCUGGUGAGGCUGGUCCACCUGGAAUUGUAGGAGAACCAGGAAAGAAGGGACCUCGAGGAGAGCGUGGAGAAAAGGGAGAAGCUGGACAACCUGGAACCGCUGGACCUCCUGGAGGACGUGGACGACCUGGAGACGAUGGACCUAAAGGAAACCCUGGUCCCGUUGGUUUCCCUGGUGAUCCUGGUCCCCCUGGUGAGGUUGGACCAAGAGGACAAGAUGGCGCCAAGGGAGAGAGAGGAGAGGAUGGUGAACCUGGAGAAUCUGGCUCUCCUGGACCCCCUGGUGAGAAUGGACCCCCCGGCCCCCCUGGAAAGAGGGGUCCUGCUGGAACAAGAGGACCAGAGGGUCGUCAGGGAGAGAAGGGAACCAAGGGAGACCCAGGCGCUGUCGGACCCCCAGGAAAGACUGGCCCCGUCGGUCCCCAGGGUCCACCAGGAAAACCAGGAACAGAAGGUCUCAGAGGACUCCCAGGAUCAGUGGGUGAGCAGGGAUCUCCUGGACCAGCUGGACAGAAAGGACCCCCUGGACCUCUUGGACCCACCGGUUUGCCCGGUCUUCGUGGAGAUCCUGGUGCAAAGGGAGAGAAGGGACACCCCGGUCUCAUCGGUCUCAUUGGACCCCCCGGAGAGCAGGGAGAGAAGGGAGACCGUGGUCUGCCUGGGCCUCACGGAACCUCUGGACCCAAGGGAGAGAAUGGAAUGCCUGGAGGCACCGGGCCCAUUGGUCCAGCUGGUCCUCCUGGUCUGCCUGGUCCUCAAGGUAUCAAGGGAGCUAAAGGUGCUACUGGAGGAGCUGGUCCAAAGGGAGAGAAAGGUGUUCAAGGACCCCCUGGACCUCCUGGCCCACCAGGUGAGGUCAUCCAGCCCCUGCCCAUCCAGAGGAGUCCCAAGUCCAAGCGCUCCAUCGACGCCAGCCAGCUGCUCCCCGAAUCCGACCCCGACAUGCCUGCUUCUGACGCCACUGGCACUGAGUUCCUGAUGGGCAGUGAGGGCAUGGAGGAGAUCUUCGGCUCUCUAAACUCACUUCGACAGGAGAUCGAGACCAUGCGUUUCCCACUGGGCACACAGGACAGCCCCGCCCGCACCUGCCAAGACCUGCACCUCAGCCAGCCAGAGCUCAAAGACGGAGAGUACUGGAUCGACCCCAACCAGGGCUGCUCCAGAGACUCCUUCAAGGUCUUCUGUAACUUCACCAACGGAGCAGAGACAUGUCUGUAUCCCAGCAAGGGCAUCGAAACGGUGAAGAUGAGCUCAUGGGACAAAGAGACUCCAGGAUCCUGGUACAGUCGGUUUGCCACCGGCAGCAAGUUCUCCUACGUGGACUCUAACGGUGCGCCCGUGGGCGUCGUCCAACUGGGCUUCCUACGUCUGUUGAGCGUCCAGGCCCGGCAGAACCUCACCUACCACUGCCACCGGUCAGUGGCCUGGGCCAACCGAAAUGAGAAGAACAACCACGGCAGGGCGCUGCACUUCCAGGGUGCCAACGAGGAGGAGCUGAGCUACGAGACCAACCCUUACAUUAAAGCCCUGGUCGACGGCUGCUCUUAUCGUAAGGGCUUUGACAGGACUGUCCUGGAGAUCAACACGCCACAGGUGGAGCAUCUUCCUCUGCUGGAUAUCAAGGUGUCAGACUUUGGGGAGAGCAACCAGCAGUUUGGUUUUGAAGUGGGACCUGUCUGUUUCCAAGGCUAAAAACACAACACAAUACACAGACACACUAUGCAGAGAACAACACAUGCAAACACUCACACGCACACAUAUGCACUUAGAGACACACUUAUAUGUAAUAAACACACAAGCCCAAUCAUUUGUAAAUUAACUUGUAAAUGAUAUUAAAAAGACACACACACAUACCCGCACACACACUUCCACACAUGCAGAUGGUGUUGUGAGACAAACACGCACUCACACUCACGUACGUGCCUGGGGAAAGCAACAUCCCCCCCCGACAAAUAACGGACGUUGAAAAAAGUAAAGAGGAGAGAAAUUCAGAAGAACCUGCAGAGAGGAGAGCAUCGACUGGGCGAACAACCGCGAGAAAAGGAAGUCAGAACCAGGAGAGGGUGUUCUUCCGAAUGAAACAGUGUUUUUCUUUAACCAGCGAAAAGCGUCGGCCUAAGAAAGAGAGCCGGCAACUUGAGGCCUGAAGCCCCCGUCUCAGAUCCCCCUCUCACCCUCAUCUCCUCCCCGCUGUCUCUGUUUUUUCCACUCACUCACCUGCUCUACCUCCCCCCCUCCUCAUGAAAAAAAAACCAUCUCAUUCUGACAUGAUUCACUCUCCUUUAUCCCCGAGUUUACACUGCACGCAACAUGGACGGUCACUCCAGUUGACAAGAGGUGCAGACGCUCCCAUGUAGUCGUCUGCAUCCGUAUUGUUUUCGGCUCUGCGAUAAAAACAAAGCCGAGAAAUGUUUACAUCUUUUGUCAUUUAGAGUCUGUUCAUUAAAUCGGGACGCUGCAAACACUCAUAUCUGAUGUGAAGUUAAUGAUCAACGGUCACGACGUCCAUCUUGUAACAGCAGAUUUGCACGUUGUCCUGCUUUGUAAGAAAUGAAUGACCCUCCAGUGACUUGUCGGUCGUGUUGCUCACAUUGUAAACACAGAGUAACCCUUUAGCUCCUGUUAUUUUUUUCCCCCUAAAGGAACCAAAGAAUUAAAGCCACCAGUUUACACCCAGAGUACCACAGGGGAAGGCCAGAUAUUACAGCUGAGUCCUGCUUUAGAGAUUGAUUUUUUUUGUUUGUUUGUUUUGUUUAAGUUUUCUACUAUUUGUCAUAUUGCCUUCAUGACCACGGUGCAGUUAAAUAAACCAUUAAAAGCUGUGAUUCACAGAUGAAACUGAUGAUGAAAACCUCUCUGGUGUUGUGCUGGAGUCCGGUGUGAAGCAGCCUCGACAGCCGCAGAAACCCUGACCUGUUCAUUUGUUAACAUCGGACCAAACCUGCUGUGUAAAUAUCUCCACCGGUGAAUCCAAAAGCCAUUCUUUUUGUGAACUACGCUGAACCAGAUGCUGUUGUGCUGCAUGAUUCUAGUACCUGAAGGGGCUGAUCCUUGUAAAUCACAAUGCCACGCACCAGUCCAGUAUUUGCUAGUCACUUUCUGGGUGUUUGAAUCGUUUUUUUUUUUUUUCCAUCCAUAAACUAUUUUUUAAGUUCUCAUCCAAGCACAGAACAUCAUCAGGGUUUAAAUAUGUAUAUGCGUUCCUCCUUUUCUUUGCAGCAGUGAAUAAAAUGCAUGCUUUAUUGAAAGAAACUGUGUGGCAAGGUGCUAAUUAUACCAAAGCAUAAAGGUUUUAAAUCCUCCAUCUGAUUUUCUUUUAGUCUCUUUUACAAUUUUCAUGAAGCUUUUCUUUUCUUUUUUUUUUUUUUACUGGGGGAAAAUGUGCAUUACAUUCCAUUUGUACAGAAAUAGUGAUAUUCUAUUGUAUUUAUUUAAAACAAACAGGGUGCUUUGAGAUUAAAAAACAACUACCACCAAAUAUUCCAGUCAAAUGUGGUAUAUGUCAUUUGUAUUUAUUUCCUGUAGCCGUCACUUGAAAGUAAAGUGAAACAGGUGAUGAAGGUGUUCAACUCACUUCCAGCCUGAGUUUAUGGUGCUUCUGUUCACGCCCUGUCCAAUCUCCUUUUGUACAACCAAAGAAUCUGUGGCCAUAUUUUAUUGUAAUAUCCCUUUUUUUAGUGUUUUCAUCAACUGUACUGUGCUGUUAAAUUUUGCUUCCACUGUAACAAUUAAAUGGUGACUCUCCA